CGCUACACCGGAACACCUGCUCGCCUCUAUUCGUCCUAUUACCACCCCUCGACUGGGACCGCCCCGACAAAUCUGAUUUACAUCUCCUUCCUCCUACUUUACUUACCGAAUGGUGCCCUGUUCCCUCGCCCUCCGUCUUCAUCCCUCGCGGUACAGUCUCCUAGGGGGCAUCGGAGCAGACCUCCCCCCGUGAUCGCUUUAGAACGGCCGGCUCGGGUGGACGACGACGACACAUGACAGCAGCACCUCGUCGUCGUCGCCCGGUGUUUGCACCCGAACCUCAACACCGCCGCAACGUCAUUCAUGCUACUGCUAGCACUCUCUAUUUCAGACCAUCUUAGCACUCACACUUGGCCUUUUGUGGCCGCCACGGCGCCUUUCGUCCAAUCCUUAGCGCCCCUGUGGAUGCCUUCAUAAUACCAGCCCGCCCCCCAACUGCGAGCUUUCCCUAAUUCCUGUCCUUGCCCCUUCCCGGGAAACUGAAGGCCAACCUAUCUUCUCACAUUCUCGGCUACUGUCAGAGACAGACAUGUUCGAUCACUUCACAAUAGGAACUCAGGCGCGCUCAGCUGUCGACGGCAAUAGCGAGGAGCCGCACUUGUCGCCGAGACAAUGCCCACGAGAAAUACAUAGGUCGGCCGAAGCAGUCGCAGCCUCCUUAUCGGCUUCAUCACUCUCUUACAGUGAGACCUCGGUUCCGCCACAACCAAUCGACAGUCUUGCACAUGAGCUCAGCAGGCAGACUUUGAUUCCCAAACUACGCCAACCGAAUAUCCUGACGAUGGCGACGGCAUUUGGGGCAUCCACAUCCACCAUCGUUGAAUUAUCCAUGGCCGCUCUGGAGGUUGACGAGGACUGUGGUAUGGAUCUCGAAACAGACGAUAAUAAGGAACACCAACCAGUUGCGGAUUGGAAAAGAGCACGACGCCAGCGCUAUGGCCGCUUUGUCAACAACCCGAUCAACGCCCGCGCGAUAGAGGCCCGCGUGAAGGACAUGAUCUCGGAUGAGUCCCAGUGCAACAUCCGCCUGGCCCCGUCUUUCUCCUCUCUACCGUCUAAAGUGCCCACGUAUCCGUAUUCGCGAUCACCUCAGAUCGAAGCAGGCGCGUCCCCCAGUGUUGACUCAUCGGCGAGUGGCCUGGAAGUGGACGAGGGCUUUUGCGACGAUGAUGAAGAGCUCGCUCUCAUGCAGAGAACCUUGGCCGUUGACAACAAAGACAAGCUGAUAGGCAUGUCGGGCGGCUUGCGGAAAUUCGGACCGUUGAGAUUCAGAGGCUCGGUCGAAACAGCUCUUGGGUGCCAAAACGUUGUCAGACAACGACCAAGGAUGCGUCGACGGAAGGGACCAGGGCCAUCACAGGAGCCGCGGCCGACACGAGCUAAUGAGGCCUGAAGAGCUUGGCCCAACGACGACGGGUAUCGUCACAUCAUUUCAGCUUCACUGUACGAGCGAUGGAAGAGGGGGACUUCAACGAUAUACCCAAAGGACCGGAGCAGCUGGCGUUUGGCUUCGGCAAAGGCGUUCAUACGAGUUGGUAUUGGGAUAGGUCUGGACGACUCAAAAAUGUUCUUAUGACACAGAAGCCCAAAGGGGGUUUCGGGAUCCAAGGACUCCACUGGAAAGUCAAUCGGCGUUUUGGUUCUGUUCGGCGCGACACAGGAGGCUCUGGCGUUCUUCUUAGUCACCUUGCGACAAGUCGCCUUUUUUUUUUUAAUUGCCUUCCCUCGAUCUUCACACACUUGAAACCGGUAUCGGAGUCACCAUUGGCUCCCACGGAUGCGGAUGGGCGGAAUUCGUUGCAGAGUCGGAGACGGCCGAACUUCAUGUCCCACUGUCGGGCGCCCGCUUAUAGCCUUCAGGACUGCAGGGAAAAGGCGCCAAUAUUAUUUAUGUUCAUGACUGGAGAAGGCGCUUCUCGGCGGGGCGCAUAAUCUCAUCAUCUUCCUUCAGACCAUUGAUGAAGCGGGAUCAUUGGGGUGGUUUAGGGACUUGUCGAGAACUACAUUAC